AUGAAGCCGCUAGCGCCAUUUGUGUGUCGACUGCCGAGUCGCCGCAUUCUGCGGGUGCGUGGCACCGACGCGCACGAUUUUCUGCAAGGCAUCUUCACCAACGACCUCCGCGAACUCCACCCCGCUGGAAGCAUGUACGGCUGCUUCCUCUACUUCACCGGCCGCGUUCUGUGCGACGCGCACUUGUACCAGUGCAAGCAGGUCCACGAGGGACAGGCCUCCAUCCUCGUUGACGUGCAUGAGAGAAGCGCAACAGAGUUGUUGGACCACCUCACAGAGAUGAAGAUGCGCAAGAAGGUUCACAUCGAUGAUGUCGGCAAAGAGCUCGUGGUGCUGGCCGCCUUGGAGGAGACGUCUGCGGAUGCGCAACGCAGCCGUGAUUCCGCGAGUGGGUGUGACGCGAGGGAGAGCUCAGUCACGUCGUUGUCCCCAGAGACGCUGGAGGAGCGGCACACAGAGUGCUUCCUCGACCCGCGCAAUGAUGCGCUCUUCCCACGACCGCCGCCGCCCUCCUCCUCCUCUCCACCGGCCGCCGUCACGUCACCUAGCUUUUGUCUGCGGAAGUGCGUCGUGCCCGCCACGUGGGCCCCUCCGCUCUCCUCUCCCGAUUCAUAUACAACACUCCUGUAUAGUCGGGGCAUCGGCGAGGGGCCAGAUGUGUUCAAGUGCAACAAGAGUCUCCCGUUCGAAGGUAACUUGGACUUUCUAAAGGGCGUCAGCUUUCACAAGGGGUGCUACGUUGGGCAGGAGCUCACGCAUCGAACGCACGUGAUGCUCGUGACGCGGAAGCGGACGGUGCCGCUCCACUUCGGCCCUGCGAAUGUGGACCCACCAGCGGCGGGUAUCAUCACUGACGAGGGCGCCGUCACGAAGACGUGGCCGGUGGAGGUAGGGGAGCCCCUCUAUUCAGCUGCUAGGGAAAAGAUCGGUGAGGUGACAGGCGUGUGUGGCCAAGUUGGUAUUGGCCUCUUUCGCCUGCGCUACGUGGACAAGGCAACGCAUACGGUGCCGGGGCUGCAGCUGAAGGACGGCACGCCGGUGCAGACGCACCUGCCCGACUGGUGGCCGCGCAAAGAUGUGAAGAAGCUUCUGCAGAACAACAGCUGA